AUGCAAGUGCCAAAUGCUUUCGGUGGCUUGAAGCUUUUCUGGGAUCGUGUCACCUUCUCCCGCCUCACGAAGUUCUACUUCAUUUUCUCUGUCCUCCACUGCGUUAUCCAGGUCAUUUUCCAGGCCCAGGCCUACGUCGCCAACGCCGACGCUGCUUCUUUCAUCAACGGCCUCAUUGUACAAGGCAACGCCACCGACUCCGGUUUCGCCGUCUACGAUGGUGACCUCCGCAUUUGUGAGACUGUUCCCACCACUCUUGACCCCAGCUCUUGCGAUAUCGUCUGGGAUGGGCACACCAAAGGAAACGUCACCAAUAUUGUCACCAAUCCCGACACUUACAAUGCCGCCUUGAUGUCCAGCCAAGCGUCUUCAUCCUCAUCUUCUGUCUCCUCCGCCGCCCGUACGCCAUCAACCUCUGCCAAUGUGGUGGGCUCCACCUCAUUGUUCUCCUCGUUGGUGUCGUCCUCCACCACAUCAUCAUCCCCCCCGGUGUCGUCCUCCACCCCAUUGUCUUCCUCGUCGGUCUUGUCCUCCACCGCUCGGGCUCCUGCAAGCUCCAACACAAUCGCGUCAAAACCUGUCACUAUCACAUUGACGACCUCGACAGUCGUCGCUACCGUGAGGGACAAGGCUACUGUUACAGUCACCUCCCCAGCCCCCUCUACCACUCUUUCUCACGCCGGACAGCUGGACGCGGACAGUGACAGCGAUGAUGGCGACAGCGACGACGACGACGAGAGUGACGACGAGGAUGAUGUCGUAAUCAUUCACCGCCGCACUCCGGUUCUUCCCUCAACCCUCCAGCGUCUGAGCCUCAAGCUCAACGGUUCUGCCACGGUGGAUCUCAAUGGGGUCGGCGGGUACGAGACAGUGAACAUUUCGCGCAAGUGUCUUUACUCGUUGAACUGGCCGCUCGACAUCGUCGAGAACACGAAGCGUGAGGAUAUCGCUUUUAUUGCUUUCCAGUUUUGGCUGCUUGGAAUGUCGCUCGUGGCUUUGCUCAAUGAGUCGAUCCCGCACAUUGUGGCCUCCUUGCUCACGCAUAUCCUUGCGACUGCAUGGGGAGGCUUCCAAAUAGCGAACACAGAGACUUUCCACCGCAAGUUCACCACUCUGACUACCCAGGGCGCGUGUGGCGUUAACCUCCUGCCUAACUACUGGAGGGAUCGGUCGAACGCUGAGAUUCCGAGCACGGCGCUCAACUGCUUUGCGCUUCUCGUCUCGGUCUUCCUCAGCUGGAAGCUCAUGAAGACGUUCGGAUGGCAAACUUUCAAGCGCGUUGGCGCAUCGCGCACCAUCAAUCGUGUUUACAACUCUGUUCUCGUGCUGUCGAUUGUGAUCCAGCUCUCGUUGUUCUUCAUCGGCGCCUCUGCUGCGCUGUGGCUCGACCAGGUCUCCAACGGGAACAUUGGCCGUUUGACCGGUGACCCUAUGCUCUUCAAGGGUGUCAUGAUCACGGUGUUGAUACUGCUGGUUCCGUGGCUCUCACUCGGUUGGAUAUCUGUCCGUCAGGAGUUCAGGCUUCGAAUGAUGGUCUUCCUCAGCGUCGCUGUGCUUAUCCUCGCGGGCUGGGCGUCGAUGUUCAUCGCUCCCACCUUCCGCUGGACGUAUGCGACUUGGCUCUUCUUCAGCCUGAUGACCACCGGGGCGUUGCUUCUUGCUGUCACGACGUUGGUCCUCGGUAUCUUCUGCCGCCUCAACUUUGGCAAGGGUCUCAAGCGCUACUUGAACGCAGAGGAAGAGCUGCUCGACUCGCCCGACGAGACGACGUACGACUCGGAGAAGUUCGCCUUCCCGUCGAACGACUCCCCCAUCCCGACGUACUCGGUCUCCUUCGGCUCCGGCUCCGAGGUGCCCCCGCCGUCGCAGAUGCGGUUCGCGACGCGCGGGCCGCGCUUCUACUCGUCCUCGUCGAACGGCUCGAAUCCGUUCGAGUCGCCGUUCGAGACCCCGCCAGGCUCCGAACACGGCGGCUCCCCCCGUGGUGCCGGCCUGGUCGGCCUCCCGAGUCCGCCGAGCCUGAGCCGCCAGACCAGCCGCUCCUCGACGCGCUCUGCGAGCUCGACGGCGUCCAAGGGUACCCAAAACGCCCGUCGGUGGGUGAUCGAGUAA